UGUGCCACUCUUUCACACGGUGAGCAAGAGCCCUUCACUUGAAAUCCUCCCCGCGAUGCUGCGGCUGCUGCUGCGGCUGCAAAUCUCAGCCAGCUGCCUCUGGCUCGGACGCAGCGAGGUGGUGACAUCCUUUGAAAGUUCAUGCCCUCAGUUUUUCUUUCGGGAAACUCCCCCAAAUGAAGCCCUGGAGCCAGAGAACCCAGCCUGGAUCUGCCAGCAUUACAAGAACCAGUAUUACUUUGCCACCCUGUAUGACAGGGACAAGCGUAUUCCCGUGUACUCUGCUUACCUCUACCAGCCUGGACCUGGCAAGAGACCUAAAACGUGGCUCGUGGAGCCUCAGCUGAUGGGUUCAGUGUAUCCCAAGACUAUGGAAAGAGAGUGGACCCUUUUAAAUUAUUUCAACGUCAGCUUAGAGCAACUCAGCAAGAGCCAGGCUAUCCUCCGAGACUACAAGAACCUGACGGGUUUGAACCGCGGCCAUUUGAACCCCAGCAGCCAUCACAACGACUCCAGCAGCAGAGUAGCUACUUUCACCCUCACCAACAUAGUGCCCCAAGAUGAGAAACUCAACAGCGGUGCCUGGAAGAACUAUGAGCAGCAAACGAUGAUGAAGAUGACCCAGGGCUGUAACAACACCUACGUCAUCGUGGGUGCCGUGCCUGGGAACAACUAUAUUGCCAAGGGGAAGGUUAACAAACCCAGCCACAUCUGGUCAGGUGCCUGCUGCGAGGUGGACACCAACCACAGGAAGGCUUGGGCGGUCAUUGCUGAGAACGACAAGAACCAGGCCCAGCUCCUCACGCUGGGGGAGCUGGAGGAUGUGUUGACUGAUCUCUAUGGGAGGGACCAAGUUUCUCUGUUUGACAGCGACUGUCCCCGGGAAUAA